CAACAAUCCAAUAUUUCAUGUAGCUCUCAGUUAUCUUCAGCAGCGCUACUCUUCUCAUUCCCAUUCUUGUUUUCAUUUGAUUAGAAAUCCCAUUCCCAUGGAGGCAACGAAGAGCAGCGAUGAAACGACAAUCCAUAUUCCAGAAUCCACGUCUACCAGAGGUAAAGCUGCUGCCACUGUUCCGGCAAUGGUAGUUUCUACGAAAGCUACACAAGCAGGGGGAUGGAAGAGAGGGGUCGCCAUUUUCGACUUCAUACUGAGGCUUUGUGCCAUUGCAGCUGCUUUGGCUGCCACUGCUACUAUGGGGACUACUGACCAAACCCUUCCUUUCUUCACACAGUUCUUCCAGUUCCAAGCUAGCUAUGACGACCUUCCUGCUUUUCAGUUCUUCGUGAUCGCGAAUGCAGUAGCGAGCGGAUACCUCGUCCUCUCCCUACCCUUCUCCAUAGUUGGCAUUGUUCGCCCCCAUUUAACAGGAGUGAGGCUCCUCCUCAUCAUCUUUGACACGGUGAUGGUGGCUCUCAUCACAGCUGCAGCUGCCGCUGCAGCCUCCAUCGUGUACUUAGCACAUAGCGGUAAUACCAACGCUAAUUGGAACCCCAUUUGUCAGCAAUUCGGCGACUUUUGUCAGAGCGUCAGCGGAGCCGUGGUGGCUUCUUUCAUUGCAGCAGCCAUCUUCAUUUUUCUGGUUAUGUUGUCUGCUGUGGCCCUCAAAAGGCAUUAAGAAAGGGGCAUAUAUAUGCAUAAUCUCAUAUGGCAUUGUGGACUUGUAUUGUAUCAUAUUCUGUUUCAUAAGUUGGGGUGGGAGGAUGCAUGGCAUGGGUGGGGCAAUUGUGUAAUUUGGUUUGCUUUAUUUGUGUGCUCAACAUAAUCAAAAUUGUGUA